GUCAUUUCCAGAUCGACGACGCCUCGAUCGAGUCCUGGUCCAUGUCCUCGCCGCUGCCUCGCCUUCCGAUCGUCGCCCUUAGCACGCCGAAUCCGAAGAUGCUGCGGCGCUUUGCUGCUGCACCCGUUCGCUUUCGUUAUCCGAUGAUGAUGAUGUCGUCGUCGAAGACCUGCGAGUCACGGCGGCCUGCGUCGUUGGAGGCCGUAUCGGAGGCCGCGGACCUCCGCGAGUUCCUCGAUUACAUGGAGAGGCUGAAGAACUACGAGAUGGUCGGUGUUCCACAAGGGGCAGGAACGGACACCGAUGAAGGGUUCGAUCUCGGGAGGAUGAGGCGGCUGCUCGGACGGCUCGGCGAUCCUCACAAACAAUUCAAGGUUGUUCAUAUUGCUGGCACCAAAGGAAAAGGAUCCACUGCAGCUUUUAUAUCCAAUAUUUUACGGGAAGAAGGUUACUCAGUUGGCUGCUACACUAGUCCUCAUCUUUUGAGUGUUCGGGAACGCAUAUCUGUUGGAAAAUGUGGGAACCCUGUUUCAGCAAUAUUACUGCAGGAGCUUUUCCAAGAGGCAAAGGGAAUCCUUGAUCAAUCAAUAAUAAAGGAAAAUGAGGCUUUGAGCCACUUUGAGGUCUUCACUGCUCUAACGUUUCUUCUGUUUGCCAAAGAAAGGGUUGACAUUGCUGUCAUCGAAGCAGGCCUUGGGGGAGCUAGAGACGCUACAAAUGUUGUAUGCAGUACUGAACUAGCUACUGCAGUCAUAACAUCCAUAGGCGAGGAACACUUGGCUGCAUUAGGUGGAUCAUUACAAAGCAUAGCAUUGGCCAAGUCAGGAAUCAUCAAGAGUGGGUGUCCAGUUGUAAUUGGUGGGCCCUUUGAAUCACAUAUUGAAGAGAUUAUUCGUCAUAAGGCAUCCUUAAUGAAAUCCAAGGUCAUAUCAACAUGUGAUCCUGGCAUACAGAAAACAUCGAAGUGCUUGACAAUGGGAAAGGAUGAAAUCCCUUAUCAGACUUGUGACAUACAAAUCCAAAUGCAUAACUUACAAUCAUCCAUCACAUUGUCUAAUGUAAAACUCCACUUGCUUGGUAUUCAUCAACUUCAGAAUGCUAUCUCAGCCGUGUGUACAGCUUUAAGCCUUCGUGAUCAAGGAUGGGUGAUCUCUGAUAAGUCCAUUCGAGCUGGUUCGGAGAAAACUAGAUUGAAUGGGAGAAGCCAAUUUCUUACACAAAGGGAAAUUUUGUCAAUUGGAUUGUCCGACGUCAACAUACUAAUUGAUGGAGCGCAUACUGAAGCUUCUGCUAAAGGUUUAGUGGAGGUGAUAAAGAUGGCACAUCCACAUGGAACAUUGGCAUUUUUGGUGGCAAUGGCCAGUGACAAAGACCACUUAUCAUUUGCUAAACAACUUCUCUCAGCUGGAAGACCUGAGCUGGUUGUGUUGACUGAGGUGAAGAUAGCUGGGGGAAAAUCCCGCAUGGUUUCGGCUUCAGUUUUGAAAGAUGCUUGGGUCAAGACUUCAAAGGAUUUGGGGAUGGACUUUGUGGACAUAGGUAUUAUUGACGAUGAUAAGAGCGAAAAGGAGCCAAAUUGCAAGAAAAUGAUGUUGGGUACCUGCAAAAGUACAUCGACAAUCGAUUCAAUUAAGCAUGCAGAUCAGUUGCUCAAAUCAAGAUCAAAAGAUCAUCCUGGUCUUAUUGUAGUGACCGGGUCAUUACAUCUGGUUGCCUCCUUGUUAGCUGCUAUUAAAAAGUAGUUCUCAAGACUUAAAGCGGUUCUUAAAUUAUUUUUGUUGCUUUAAACAUGCUCUACUAAGUUUGGCAUUACAACUUUUGUCUGAAUAAAAUUAAAUCUAUUUAGUGUAUUUGGACUUCAUAUCUUCAUAUGCUCUGUUUAA